AUGGCAAGGAAAAUCGUGGUUGCGAUACAAGUGUGUAAAAGAGAAAAUAUGAUUCUUUCUCUUAAAUUAGAAAUCAAAAAGAGUUCUAAAACGUCUUUCAAGGAUUUGAUAUUGUAUAAAGUGUUUGAGUUGAAAAGAAGAGGGAAGAUGGAUCAACGUCAAAGUAGCACGGAAAGAGUCUUAGAGCAAGAGCAAUGCAAUUUGACUGGUGAGCCUAAUCAAAAUCUACCAAUUAAUGAAGUAGGUUCAGCUAUGCAACCUAUAAAGAAGAGGAAAUUUAGUGCAAGUGGUUCUAGGCAAACAUCUGCUUGCUGGGAACAUUUUAUUAGAUUACCCGAUGACCUAGUUGAUGCACCCACUGCAGCCUGCAAACACUGUCAUAAAAAAUACUUGUGUGACCCUAGGACUCACGGCACCACUAAUUUGAACCAUCAUAUUUUAAAAUGUUCUAAGAAGCCCCUUGUCGUGUCAACUGACUCCACACAAACUAUUCUAACAUACCCAAGUGUAGAUGGUAAACUGGUUCAAGUUAGCUCUAGAUUUGACAAGAAAGCUUGUAGAAAUGCUUUGUCAGUUUUUGUAGUUCUAGAUGAGCAGCCAUUUAGUGCAGUAGAGGGUGAAGGGGUAGCACUUACUACUGAUUGUUGGACUUCUAUACAAAAUCUCAACUACUUGACCCUUACGGCACACUUUGUGGAUAACGAAUGGAAGUAUCAAAAAAGAAUUAUAAGCUUUACCGUAAUUCCAAACCACAAAGGUGAAACUGUAGGUAGGAAGAUUGAAGAAGUGUUAAGGGAUUGGGGAAUUAGGAAUGUGUCAACCAUAACUGUUGAUAAUGCCACUUCAAAUGAUGUUGCUGUGACAUAUCUAAAGAGAAAAAUAGCAAAUAUGAAUGGGUUAAUGGGGGAUGGAGAGUGUUUUCAUAUGAGGUGUUCAGCUCACAUUUUGAACUUGGUGGUAAAUGAGGGUUUGAAAGAUAAACAUUUAUCUGUAACUAGUGUUAGAGAUGCUGUUAGAUUUGUUAAGUCCUCACCUCAUAGGGCAACCAAGUUUAAAGAAUGCAUUGAAUUUGCUGGAAUAACUUGCAAAAAAUUAGUAUGUCUUGAUGUUUCAACUCGUUGGAACGCGACAUAUUUAAUACUAGAGGCUGCGGAGAAGUUUCAACUCGCUUUUGAAAAGCUUGAGGAUAAAGAGUCGAGCUAUAGAGAGUUCUUUGGAAAAGGUAAUCCCCCUAGUAAUGAUGAUUGGGACAUUGCUAGGGCUUUUAGAGCUUUCCUAAACAAGCCACUUUGA